GUCCAAGUCGCGCCCUAUAAAUGCCCGCGUUUCAACAGCGCUGCCAGUCAUAUCUCCUCCAGUAUUCGGAAAAGCUAUUCGUCCGUUUGUAUCUGUCUUUUGUGUGUGUGUUUGUGACUAAACAACAUGGCCCCGAUUCAGAUGUACGCUCCAUCCCCUGUGCAGGAACAAUCCACCUCAGCGAGUGACCGUAUUGGCACAUUUAGAAACUUUGAGGAACGUAAUUCGCAAGAAAACCACAGGCCUACUUUUAGCGAGGACAACCAGUGCUACAAGAUCGUGGUGGACGUGGAGGCCUUCAUGGAGAGCGGCGUGAGGUUCGACGUGGUGAACGAGAACGAGCUGGUCAUCGAGAGCUGCGAGGAGAACAGCGAAGGGAACUCCGCCUCGAGGAAGGGCCUCUACCGCCGGUUCCUCUUCCCGAGACUCGUCAGUGUUGAUACUGUGCGAUCAGUGUUGUCCUGCGACGGCAUCCUUACCAUCACUGUAGCUAAGAAGGAAACAUCUGAUGUAAACAUUGGAGAUAUUUCCUAGCCUUCAAAAAACACAUGAACGCAGAUGCAAAAUUAAAAGGCUCGUCGCGAGUGCGUUGCUAAAUAUCCAACGAAGGAGAAACCGGAGAGGGAAUGAUCGUCUCGAGAAAAAAAGAAAAAGAAUCCUGUACUUCUGUGUCCGUCAGAAAUUUCUGUCGACGUUAUAGCAUGUUAAUGGGUUGUUUCCACCAUAUUUGAGGUUUUUUUUUUCUCCGAGAUCUCAGUUCCGACUACAAAUGCGGGUAAACAAAAGGCAGUUCUUACUCGCACUGUCUCUCAAUUAAAGGUCUUGAGAAGAGUCUCAAGUCUAAAUUUUAUUCAUGUUAGAAGUCAGGUCGAGGUUACACAUUAGAGACGAACGAUAAUUUCAAAAUAGUCUCACGUCUUCACAGUGCCAGUAACUCUAUGCCUCAGUAUCAAAUGUUACUGAGGAAGGACGACAGUCAUAGCAAAUGUCAAAUGUCUUUUUUUCACCUAUAUCAGUGAUAUGGUUGAGAUCUCAUAUGCACAUGCUAAAGAAUGGUGAUUCCAUUUAUUCUAAUAUAUAUUACAAGGUAGACCAUUACCUUAGAAGUCCUUAUGAGAAUUAUGAUGGCAGCUGUAGAAAUGUUCUUAUUUCACUAACUGCAAAAUUUCCUUUACGGUCAGUGAUUAUGUUUUAUAAUAAAGGAUUAAUGUCG